AUGCCAAUGUCAAAGCAUAACAUGAUGAUGGUGAUAAUGGGCGACUCCGAAAAACAUAAAUUGUGUACACACAAAUUUCUUUGUGUAUGUGUGUCGUAUUUUGUGCCUUGGCACGGAAAUGCAUGUGAACAAAAAUUUGUGUAAGACACAUUUAAUG